AGACUAGAAGACUGCAGCUCGCUCACUCCCUCCUACUUACCUUAAAUCUUAGAGAGAAAAAGUAAGAGUAAAAAGAAAGAAAGAAAGAAAGAAAAAAAAAGAAGAGAAAAUACAACAAAACCAUGAAAGGAGGGAAAAGAAGAGCCUCCGUGGACCCACCGGCUCCACCGGAGACCUCGGCGGAGGGCGGAGAAGGAGGAGCAAUGGGAAAUGAUCAGAACCCUCCUCGUGGUCCUCCUUCUAGUCUUGAUGCCCCGGCGGACGACGGUCGGCAGAAGCAACCGGAGAAAGGAGCAGGAGCUGGUGGAGCUGAGAAGGAUAGUUCUGUGGCUGCUGUGGCUGCGGCGGAGGCGGAAGAAGAGGAGGAAGAAGAGGAAGAAGAAGAGGGGGAGAAGGCAAAUGGCCAGUUUGAUGAGGGGCAGAUGGAAGAGGGUGAAGGUGAAGAAGGGGAGGGAGAGGGCGAAAAGGCUAAGCUUGCCGAAGGUUAUUAUGAGAUCGAGGCCGUUCGCCGGAAAAGGGUCCGAAAGGGUGAAGUUCAGUAUCUGAUCAAAUGGCGAGGCUGGCCGGAGACAGCCAAUACAUGGGAGCCAUUGGAAAAUUUGUUAUCCUGUUCGGAUGUUAUUGAGGCCUUUGAAGACAGCUUGCGGUCAGGGAAACGGUCAACACGUAGGCGUAAGCGCAAAUAUGGAAGCGCUCAAUCUCAGUCAAAGAAAAAGCAGCAGCAGCGUUCCCCUGCAGCUGCUACGUAUAAUGUCCCUGCUGUAAAGGUUCGCAUUCUUGAGAAGCCAUUACCAUUUCCUCCUCUCAAUGAACCCGGCAGUACAAAUGGAGAAGCUGGUGUCAAUGGUGUGGAUAAUGAGAAUGGUGCGAAUCCAGCAACCUUUAGGACUGAUUUAUUGGAAGAACCAAAUGAAUUAAAUCUUAAGAUAAGUGAACUGAGAGGAGCUGCUGUUAGCAAUGAGGAUUGUGUUGACAAAUAUACAAUUGAUGCACAAGAAGCUCCAUUGUCAGAACAAAGUGGACGUGCAAAUGGCCUGCAAAAUGCUGAUUGUCCAGAACCAGUUCAAUCUGGUCGCUGCACUGGUGCUAAAAGGAGGAAGUCUGGUUCCGUUAAAAGGUUUAAACAAGAUUCACCCUCAGGCAUGGCAGAGAAUCUACAGAACAUAGCAGCAACUAAUGGGUCUUGUGGAAUGAGUGCGAAUUCAGGGAGUCAAAGUUCUGACCAUAUGGCUAAUGAUCUCCGUUUUAAAAGCAAAGUUGACGGUUCUAAACAUAUAUGUGAUAUCACUGAGAUUGUCAAGCCGGUGAGCUAUUUGUCUGCGGCGGCAAACAGCAACGGUCAGGAUAUCUCAGUUACCUUUAUGGCUAAGAGAUCUGAUGGGAGCGAAGUGACAGUGGACAACAAAUUUCUGAAGGCCAAUCACCCUGUUCUGGUAAUUGUUCUACCUGUUAGUCGCAGGUUUCCUUUCGCUCAGUUGAUAAACUUCUAUGAGAAACAUCUCCGGUACAGUCCUGCGUAAGGUUUGGGCUGGUGAUGGUGCAGACAUUGGGUAGCUCAGCAUCACCUGUGUUCUCCAAUGUAUAGUGUUGUAAUUUUGUAGGUGGACUAAAAUGCUGCAACUUAAUCCGUGAAGUAUUUAAUGGGGAGAGUAGCAACUAGGAUCCAGCUGAAUUGUGCAGCAAACUGCUUUUACUCGAUUGUUUUUGUGAAGUAACUUGACUUUCUCCAAAGGGUUAUUCCCCUUUUAGUUUCAAACUUGAUUAACAUGUAUUCUGUCAUCUUUUUAGUGCUGGACUAUGUCAUAUGUGAACAAAAAAGGCUUAGUUGUUUC